AUGGACACCUUCAUAGACGAAGAGAUAAAUGGCAGUGAGGAAAACGAGGCGGUGCUGCUAGAGAUUGACGAUUUGCUGGAUUUUAAGGACCCGCCCCCGCAAAGGGGGAAUGGGAGGGAGAAGCGGAAGGAAAAGGAGAAGGGGAAGGAGAAGCGGGAAAGGGGGGGAACAAACUACACACAAGGUGGCGCACAAAGUGGCAAGCAUAAUGGAAAGCAUAAUGGAAAGCAUAAUGGAAAGCAUGAUGGCAAGCAUGAUGACAGAACGAAUGGCCAGCCGAACCAAGCGGAGAGGUACCCCCCGUGGGGAGGCAGGACAGUCAAAGUCACGCAUCGCGACAGACAGGACUUCACCGAUGAUGCGAAUGAAUGGUUAAUAAAGAAGGGAGACCUGGGGGGGGACCACCAUGGAGAUGACCUAGAAGACCAUUUGACACACCAUGAGGGGGAGGCUGAUGCGUUGGCUGCAAAGCGCGGGGGACAGAACACCCACUCUGGAAAAGCCAAGAGCAAAUAUCACCCACCCUGCAGCUACCCUCUCAUCGCCAACAUGUAUGGGAGAGCAAAAUGUCUCUGCCUAGAUGUGGUAAAUGGAGUGGCAGACAAGUUCACUGGGAAUAUAAAGCGAGGUGAUGGCCUCUUUUACAAGAGUCACUCGUCAUUCGAUUUUUUACACAUCCUUGCCAAUCGUCUGUACUACUCCAGGGGUACCAUGUAUUUGUAUUUCUUCGUGAUUAUCCUUAACCUUUUUAUUCUUGUCUACACCGCAUGCACACGGAUGGUCAGUCUGUUUGUAGUCCUCUUGGAGAUAUUCGUCAUACUGAUGCUGGUGCUGGAGGUUUGUCUGCGCUUGGCCACCCAGGGCCGCAGCUACUUCCACAACUUCGACGGGCUGUUCGACGUGACCGUGACGACCAUGUGCUUCCUGCUCCUCAUCAGCAGCGGGGACCUGAAGGUGUUUUACCAGGCGGAGAUCGUCAAGACGAAGAACAAAGAGGUGGAGGAAAUCAUUUCGCAGAGCCUCACCGUUCUGCGCUUCUCCUUUCAGCUCUUCCGGACGCUCACGCUGUUUAUGCAUUACGAGCGGGUGAAGGCGCCCAGCGAGAACAUCGACUUUUCGGUGCUGAACCUGCCCCACGAGGAGGAAGAGGAAGAGGAAGAAGAUUUUGUCAUCUGA